GUAUCCGGUUCAUCAGAUAAGACCAUGAAACAAUGGGAUAUGGAAACAGGACAAUGUAUUUUAACAAUGGACAUUUUAUGGGCCAUGUCCAGCUCAAAAGCUGAACUUAGGCAAGUAGGUUUUUUCUCAGGCGAAUACGCGAUAGAAUAUGGAGAUUUUGUCGGAGCUCUUCAAUUCCGGGAUGUUGGUUUGGCAAGCGGAACUGAAGAUGGUGUAAUUCGAAUGUGGGAUUUAAGAACAGGUCAGGCUCAUCGCACGUUACUUGGUCAUACAGGCCCUAUAACGUGUCUUCAGUUUGAUGAUUUACAUGUCGUAAGUGGAAGUAUUGAUAAAAGUAUAAAGAUAUGGGACCUAAGAACGGGAUCUGUAAUUGAUACUUUUACAUAUGAUUACGGCGUCAUCAGUUUACAAUUUGAUCCUCACAAAAUUAUCUGUAGCGCUGGCACUAAUGACAUAAAG